AUUCGCGAAGAUUGACCAGAAACAAAAAAGGCAAAAAAUGGCGACCUCUCUGAGCGCACCAAAGCUCACCACUUUCUCCUCUUCCCAAACCCUCCAAUCACUCUGUAAACGCCUCCCUGUCUCUCUCUCUCCUCUCUUUCUCUCUCCUCACUCCACCGCCUCCUCUCCUCUCCUCCACUCCAAAGCCCGUAUCGUUCUCUCUCCCCACCGCCCCCACCACCGUCGCUUCGCCGUUCGAGCGGCAGAGUCCGACAACGGGGCGGAGCCUCGCCAAUACGACUUCGACCUCUUCACGAUUGGCGCCGGAAGCGGCGGCGUUAGGGCUUCCCGUUUCGCCGCCUCUUACGGCGCUAAAGUUGCCAUAUGUGAGCUCCCUUUCGCCACCAUAUCCUCCGAAACCACCGGAGGCCUUGGUGGAACGUGUGUGCUUCGUGGAUGUGUACCUAAGAAACUACUUGUGUAUGCAUCCAAAUUUUCUCACGAAUUUGAAGAGAGUCAUGGUUUUGGAUGGAAAUAUGAUGCUGAACCCAAACACGAUUGGAGCACCCUGAUGGCUAAUAAGAAUGCCGAGUUGCAGCGCCUAAUUGGUAUCUACGAGAACAUUCUCAAAAAUGCUGGUGUCACUUUAAUUGAAGGGCGUGGAAAGAUUGUGGAUCCACAUACAGUGGAUGUAGAUGGAAAGCUCUACUCGGCAAGGUACAUUCUAAUUGCAGUAGGGGGACGCCCCUUCAUUCCUGAAAUUCCCGGACGUGAGUAUGCGAUAGAUUCAGAUGCAGCCCUUGAUUUGCCUUCCAAGCCUGAAAAAGUUGCGAUAGUUGGGGGAGGUUACAUUGCACUCGAGUUUGCUGGGAUUUUCAAUGGAUUGACAAGUGAGGCCCAUGUAUUCAUACGACAGAAAAAGGUUUUGAGAGGUUUCGAUGAGGAGGUCAGAGAUUUUGUUGCAGAACAGAUGUCUCUAAGAGGGAUCGAGGUCCAUCCAGAGGAGUCACCUCAGGCUAUCCUUAAAUCGGCAGAUGGUUCAUUGACUUUGAAGACUAGUAAAGGGGCCGUUGAAGGUUUCUCUCAUGUCAUGUUCGCUACGGGCCGCAAACCUAAUACAAAGAAUUUGGGAUUGGAGAAGGUAGGGGUAAAAAUGACCAAGGAUGGAGCGGUAGAGGUUGAUGAAUACUCCCGUACAUCUGUUCCGUCCAUUUUAGCUGUUGGAGAUGUCACAAAUAGAAUAAAUCUAACUCCAGUUGCUUUGAUGGAGGGAGUGGCAGUGGCAAAAACUCUCUUUGGGAAUGAACCUACAAAACCUGAUUAUAGGGCUGUCCCAUCUGCUGUGUUUUCCCAGCCACCUAUUGGACAAGUUGGAAUUUCAGAAGAACAGGCUGUAAAAGAAUAUGGCGAUGUUGAUGUCUUCACAGCAAACUUCAGGCCCUUAAAGGCUACUCUUUCUGGGCUCCCAGACCGGAUUCUCAUGAAACUUAUCGUAUGUGCAAAGACUAGAAAAGUUCUUGGGUUGCACAUGUGUGGAGAAGAUUCACCAGAAAUUGUGCAGGGAUUUGCAGUUGCUGUGAAAGCUGGCUUGACAAAAGAUGAUUUUGAUGUCACAGUGGGUAUCCAUCCUACAGCAGCAGAGGAACUUGUCACUAUGAGGACUCCUACGCGGAAGAUUCGAAGCAGCUCUCUACUGGAGGGUAAGGAUUCUGAGGUUAAAGCUGCAGCUGGAGUUUAGCAUCUUUCCACAGGCCAUUAUUAGGAUGACUUUCUCCGGAAAUUGAAGGUGGAAUCCUGUUGAGAGUUGAAUGGUUUACAAAAACUUGGAUGUGGACCUGCAGCAGCAAUGGAAGGAGCGUGAAGAGAAUGGUAUAUGGAUGAGGUCGUUGAUGAUCCUCAUUGAAGAUAGAUCCCUUUAGUCUGUUUCUUCAACAUGGUGUGAUAUUGCGGCAGUUUGAAAGCCGAUGAUAUACAUAAUACAUAAUGCGAACUUUUAACCUUCCCUCUUUUACCCCCAUACUAGUUGUGCAGGCCCUACAAGCAACGGAUAAAUUAUUUCAAUGUAAGAGUGAUCAUGGAGAUUUUUCUCUAUGUCAAUUUGCUUCGAGAGAAAUGAUUUUCUUGUUUUCUAUGUACAUAACGAUAUUGCUAUGAUAUUUCGUAAUUUUGUUUGCUCCAA